UUAAUUUCCGAAAGAAAAGUAUAUAUACAUAUGUCUACAAUUAUAAAUCAUGAAGUGAUAAAUUAUAUGUUGACAGUAGCGUAUCGUGAAGUGUGUGUGCCUUACCACCCUAUUCGCCCUUGCUUACAAUCGUUCAAUACAUACAAACAAUGAGUACAUAUGUACGUGAAUUAAACAUAAUUUCGUAACACACCCAUUCAGUGAAUAUCAGGUCUAAAAUGUUGCAACAAUAGGAUGUUUGAGUACAACGCCUGACGCACCGACUUUCUUUCGUAUCAUGAUUGAUCCUAGUUCUAGCGAAGAGGAGGGCGAAGAAGAUCCCAUUGUAAAUGUGUCAACUAAAGGCCGACAUGCAGUACCACCUAAACCUGCGGUUGGCAUUCCCCUAACAAGUGGUACUUCAAGUCCCGCAGUAGGAUCUAGCAUUCCCGUACCUGGAUCUAACGGUGAUUUUGAUGGAAACCAUAAGCCAUCUAAUGUCAUUGCUGCUGGCAAUCGCACUGAUGCUGGAAAUGUUACUGUCGCGGGGGGAAUGGUGUCAGGGCCAUCAAAAAAUGACCAAUUACAUGGUAGUCGCACUGACGGUGGCAACCUUGAGGUUCCAAACAAUGGCAUUCCCAGUCAGUUGGUUAGCUCAUUUGGUGAAUGUAAAUCCAGCUACAAGCAACACAUCUCUGGACAAAAUAGAAUCAUAAUACAGCAGUUAAGCCCGUCAGCUAAUCUCCAAAGACAACAAUCAACAUUUUCUCCUUAUCACAAUCACCAUCAUCAGCAGAAACAAAUAAACAAUUCACAUGAAAAGUUCACUAUUGAAGAGCCAUACCUGCACAAAAGUUUCACCGAUCAAAAAGUUGUUGCUGCUAGGGGUGUGACUGAUGUAUCCUAUAUACCUGGGAAUAAAACUCAGUCACACCUGUACAGUAGCAGCAUUACCCGUGUUCGGUCAUCAGUGGAUGUUCAAUUCCAGGAGGUAAUACAAAGUAAUAAUCAAUUGUUGGUAUCAUCAUCUAGUGGUGUUUCGCAAGAAACAUUAAAUCAGAGCAUUGGAUCGUCGAGGGCCAACUCACUGCCACGACCUUUGUCACCAUCACCAUCCGUUAACAGCGAGAAGCCUGAAACAGGAGACCCACAUGAUAAACAUGAACGCGAGGAGGAAGAACGCAAACGCCGAAUUCAGCUAUAUGUAUUUAUAUCGCGAUGUAUUUCAUAUCCGUUUAAUGCUAAACAGCCCACGGAUAUGACAAAACGGCAAGCAAAAAUUACGAAACAACAAUUAGAGAUAAUUAUCCAACGAUUCCAGGCAUUUCUUAAGGGGGAAACACAAAUAAUGGCUGAUGAGGCAUUUCAAAAUGCUGUGCAGAGUUAUCAUGAUGUAUUUUUAAAAUCGGAGCGUGUAUUAAAAAUGGUUCAAUCUGGAGCAUCUUCGCAACACGAUUUUCGAGAAGUGUUCCGCAAUAAUAUUGAGAAACGUGUGAGAUCUUUACCAGAGAUAGAUGGGCUUAGUAAAGAAACAGUUUUAACUUCUUGGAUGGCAAAAUUCGACAUUAUAUUAAAGGGAAGUGGCGAAGAGGAUUCGAAGAGACCUACACGCAUGCAGCAGUCACUAAACAGCGAGUUAAUACUUUCUAAGGAGCAGUUGUAUGAUAUGUUCCAACAAAUAUUGUCUGUAAAAAAAUUUGAGCAUCAGAUUCUUUUUAACGCUUUAAUGUUGGACUCGGCAGAUGAACAAGCAGCAGCAAUACGACGGGAAUUGGAUGGACGAAUGCAACGGGUUGGAGAAAUGGAAAAAAACCGUAAACUUAUGCCCAAAUUUGUUCUUAAAGAAAUGGAGUCUCUUUAUAUUGAGGAGUUAAAGUCAUCUAUAAAUCUAUUAAUGGCAAAUCUUGAGUCACUUCCGGUAUCGAAAGGUAAUAUGGACAGUAAAUAUGGACUACAAAAGCUGAAACGCUAUAACCAUAGUACACCUUCAUUUUUGAAACUUAUAUUGCGCUCCCAUGGCUCCCUAUCUAAACUGGAGGGCGACUCAGAGGAUGGUUCUACUCAAUUAACAAAGUUGGACGUUGUACUUACAUUUCAACUAGAAGUCAUUGUAAUGGAAGUUAAGGGUCUUAAAUCGCUAGCUCCCAAUCGUAUUGUUUAUUGCACGAUGGAAGUUGAAAAUGGCGAAAAGCUUCAAACGGAUCAAGCAGAAGCAUCAAAACCAAUGUGGGACACUCAAGGCGAUUUUACUACUACACAUCCAUUACCUGUUGUAAAGGUGAAGCUUUAUACAGAAAACCCUGGAAUGCUGGCGUUGGAGGAUAAAGAACUAGGAAAAGUAACCCUGAAACCUACACCACUUUCAUCCAAAUCACCAGAAUGGCACCGUAUGAUUAUACCGAAGAACUUGCCAGAUCAAGAUAUACGUAUUAAAAUAGCAUGCAGACUCGAUAAACCAUUAAAUAUGAAACAUUGUGGGCAUCUUUAUGCAAUUGGAAAAUCUGUUUGGAAAAAGUGGAAGCGGCGCUAUUUUGUGUUAGUUCAAGUUUCCCAGUAUACAUUUGCAAUGUGCAGUUACAAAGAAAAAAAAUCGGAGCCGUCUGAGAUGAUGCAGCUUGAUGGAUAUACGGUAGAUUACAUCGAGGCAGCUAGCGCAAAUCUUAUGUUCGGCAUCGAUUUAAAUGGUGGUCGUUAUUUCUUUAACGCUGUUCGCGAGGGUGAUAGUAUCUCAUUUGCCUGCGAUGAUGAGAACGAGUGUAGCCUGUGGGUCAUGGCAAUGUACAGAGCCACAGGGCAAUCCCAUAAACCUACGCCACCCAUUACUCAGGAUAAAAAUUCAGCCAUGUCAAAAAUACAAGGUGAUGCAGAUAAAGCACGAAAACAUGGCAUGGAGGAUUAUAUAAGUGCUGAUCCUUGUACCUAUGACCAUGCUACGCUUUUUAAAACUUUACAAAACUUAACACUUGAGUACCGUCUUAACGAUCCGUAUGCAUCUCUGGGAUGGUUUAGUCCUGGUCAAGUUUUUGUUUUAGAUGAAUAUUGCGCUCGCUAUGGUGUAAGGGGAUGCUAUAGACACUUAUGUUAUCUUUCUGACCUAUUGGAUCGUGCUGAAAAACAGCAUAUGAUUGAUCCGACGCUAAUUCAUUAUUCAUUUGCAUUCUGCGCUAGUCAUGUCCACGGCAAUAGACCUGAUGGAGUGGGAAGCAUUACUCAUGAAGAGAAAGAGAAGUUUUCCGAGAUCAAAGAACGCCUGCGUCAGUUACUCGAAUUUCAAAUAACCAAUUUUAGAUAUUGCUUUCCUUUUGGUCGUCCCGAAGGUGCAUUAAAAGCUACCUUAUCUUUGUUAGAGAGAGUACUGAUGAAAGAUAUAGUCACUCCUGUUCCACCUGAAGAAGUUCGACAUAUGAUUAAAAAAAGCUUAGAAACAGCUGCCCUUGUUAAUUACACACGACUCUCCAAUAAAGCAAAAAUUGAAGAUGACUUGCGAGGAGAAAUUAUUGUACCGCCACCAAAAAAACUAGAGGACUUAAUACACCUAGCCGAACUUUGCGUUGAUUUGCUACAACAAAACGAAGAACACUAUGGAGAACUGCGCAGACACGAUAAAGUGGAAAAAAUUAGAACGCGUAAGGAAGAUGGUGAUGUUUCAGGAGAACACGAUAUCAGCGAGCUUGGUUGCGCCGUCAGUCAUGGAAUCAUUGGCACAACUGAACAGGCUAUAGCAGCAGGAACUUCUUCUGAUGGAUCAUCAUUUCGUUACUGUAUGCCAACACACGCGGUCUACACAUCGCCAGUACCAACGGCAUUUGCUUGGUUUAGCGAUCUGCUAGUCGAACAUGCGGAAAUAUUUUGGUCUCUUUUCGCGGUUGACAUGGAUCGCGUUUUAUCAGAGCAAGCUCCUGAUACGUGGGAUUCGUUUCCCUUAUUUCAAAUUCUUAAUGAUUAUUUAAGGGCAGAUGAUAACUUGCGCAAUGGUCGCUUUCAUCAACACCUUCGCGAUACUUUUGCACCAUUAGUUGUGAGAUAUGUGGAUCUUAUGGAAUCUUCAAUAGCCCAAUCUAUUCAUAAAGGAUUUGAGAAAGAACGCUGGGAGAGCAAAGGGAUAAACGCUGCUUUGAACCCUGCAGCAUUAAACAAUGCAGCCCAGGCGCUCAAUACAGCGGCCCUCAACCCAUCAACGCUACUCAGCGGCAAGAAAGAUCAAGUAAAUUUUUACCUGCCGAAGCUACCAAGGCAAUCAGUUGCAACAGCUGCCACCGACGAUAUGAGAAAUGGAUGUGCCACUUCCGAGGAUCUCUUUUGGAAGCUAGACGCUCUACAGUCCUUUAUAAGGGAUUUGCACUGGCCAGAUGUGGAGUUUCGACAACAUUUGGAACAGCGGCUUAAAAUGAUGGCAGUUGAUAUGAUUGAGCAGUGUAUACAACGAACUGAUUCGUCUUUUCAGUCAUGGCUGAAAAAAAAUAUUGCUUUCAUAUCAACGGACUAUAUUAUACCUUCAGAGAUGUGCGCUAUGGUUAAUGUGAUAUUAGAUGCUAAAAAUCAAAGCUUUAAACUGACGACUAUUGAUGGCAUUGACUUGUAUAAAUUCCAUGCAAAAAUUGACGACCAAAUCGAUAAAGCGAAUGUAGCGAUGACACAAGGGCUAAGUGGUAAACUUAUGUCAGUGCUAGAGUCGACUUUGUCAAAAUUAGCUCGAUACGACGAAGGAAGCUUGAUUGGUUCAAUUCUCAGUUUCACGAAUGUUUCAAGCUCCGGAAAGGAUCUGGGACAGGGCUACGUCAAUUUCUUACGAAAUAACAUGGACCAAAUACGUGGCAAAAUUGGUGACGAUUUAUGGACACUAAAUUUUUUCGAGCAAUGGUAUACGCAUCAAGUUAUUAUGCUCAAUAAUUGGCUGUCGGAACGUUCAGAUUGUGCCCUGCACUAUGCGCAAGUCUCAUCUAUAUCUCAUAUAAUCAAGAAAAUUUAUUCCGACUUUGAACUACAAGGCGUUUUGGAAGACAAGCUAAAUUCUAAAGCUUAUCAGACGGUGUCUGUUCGUAUGGCUACUGAAGAGGCAACCUGUUCUCUAACGAUGCCUGAAGUAGGCGAAGGAGAUGAGACCUGUGAUGAUAUUCGAGAAGCGGAUGAUGAAGAUACUGGAGAAGAAUCCAAUAUGUCUAGGGGCUUACCCAAAUCAAAAGUAGCUGCCGCUCAAGCUGCUGCUGUCACCAAUGUUGUUGCUGGACGUGUUGGAAAUUUGUUGGGAAAAGGAAUCGGAGGACUAAGUUCGAAGCUGGGAAGCGGAAGUUGGUUUUAAACAACGGAAGGGUAUUUUCUUUUAUUUAUUUGAGAAAAUAUAUUAGUUAAACUUUCAUUCCCAAAUUGUUUCAACUACUCACUUAACAAAAUUAUUUCUCUGCUCUUUAUAUUAUUAUUUUAAUAUGUUUCAAAAUAAGUGAUGAACGUUUUAUUGUGGAUAAUUUAUUGGCUUGAGGAAAAGGUUUGAAAAGUAUGAGAAUUGUCAUUUUUCGAACUUGGACAGUAUUGGAAGUGUUUUAAUAUUUCGUUUCUAUUAAGCGGACAAGCGACUUAUUUGAUGUAUUAAAAGUCAAUUUUUAAAAAUAUACGAGAUAUUUAUAUAUACGUUCGCCAACCCCGAGGUCUUCUAUAUCACCUGUAUUAAAAAGGUUUUGUUUUUUAAUUUGCAUCAUUUUAUUCAUAUCCAUAAAAACAUAUGCUCGUAAUUAAUUUAAAAAAAAUAGAAAAUGAAACCACUCAACUUAUAUACAAAAGAUUUCGUAUUUUGGUGUUUAAAAUAUCUUUCAUAUCCAUUCAAAAAAAUGGCUGCCUUUGCUAUUUCUAUUGCUUCAAACGAUGUCAUUUGAAAGCAUGAAUUGAAUUUGCGAAUGGACUUCAAGAAGAUGUUUCUUCUCUUAACACGGUAUGUGUCAUAUCUUUCAACUUUUAUUUACAUCAUGCUGUUUUUGCUGCAGUAAAAUUGACUAUUUCUGUUGCUCCGAACGAUUUAAUUUGGAAUUAGAUAUGCGAAUGGACUUCAGAAAGAUGUUUGAAUCUGGAUCCGUGGCGAUGAGCAAACUGUUCAAUGGUUCCGGGGGUGUCACAAUUUAAAUAUGUGCAACACAUACCAUCUGACUCAUGUUUGAAUUUUAAGGCAUGACAAUGUGGUCCAUAGCUCCCAUCAACACCUUCUGAUGUGCGGAAUGAUUAAGUUUCACGCAAUUGCGACAUUUCUUUACGCACAUUUCCGUUAUCUUCUACGAUUCGUUCAACUGUUUGUGGUACCAUUUACCAAUGAAUAAUCCUGCUAAUAUUAUUUAUUAAUUUCAUCUACGGAGAAUCAGCGAAAAAAAGGCAAAAUAAGCCUUCCUUGCUCGUCCAACUGUGAGAGUAUAUAAUUUCUGCGAGAAUUUUUUGGUCCCGGCAUCACGCAUAAACGGCUGGACCGAUUUCGCUAAUCCUUUUUUUUUGUGUUGGUUAUUGUCAGGAGAAAGGUUUAGGGUCUAGAAUCCCCGAUAUAUUGGUUAAGAACCUUAAAAACAAAUGGUUAUAGCUUUCACAGAGUGACCUAUCAGUAGAAACGCUAGCUUUUUAUACAAAACACUUCUAUCAUAUGAUGCGUUGAAAUAGUUUUCUUUAAUUUACAAGAGAAUUUUCGUUUUUAAAAAAGCAAUUAGACGUGCAGGCUUAAGUAGCAGAACUCACAGUUCUGCAAGUCACAGAUAUAGAAGAGCACGUCAAACCGACGAGCAACGCGAAGCGAGGAAUGAAGUUGAACGGAAUCGAUGGAAUCGAAAUCAACAACAUACAAAUGUUGCUUUAGACCCCUAUCGAGCUGCAUUCAAUUAUAACGUGGUUAUAGAUUCAUAGAUUAUAGUUCACAGCAAAUCGUUGCUAUUAGACAAAUGAACGUUGUGUGCCAAUACUGCAAGGCAUUUAAGCUUAAAAAUCAAGCUACUGGAUUGUGUUGCGCGAGCGGUCAAGUCAAAUUGAUACCAUUGGUACCGCCACCAGAGCCACUGCAUUCAUUGGUUUCAGGAAAUGGGCCAUAUUCGAAUCAUUUUUUGACUCAUGUAAUAAUAUAAUAAUUGCUUUCAGAUGACGUCAGUUGGCACAACAAAAGUUAUUCAAAACAAUUUUAUGACAACUUUCAAGAUUCAUGGUCAAAUAUAUCAUCUAACAGGUUCAUUAUUGCCAACUCCGGAUAGUGACUUUCUUUUUCUACGUAUUGCUAUUGAAGAAUAUUUUUAAAACUUCUUGAUUUUAUGUUAUGUAAUAUUUGCAAUUCACUUUUAAUUUGACACACGGCUUUAGAUUGUAAUGUCAAAUAAUUAAUCGGCAAUGUACGAAAUAUUAAAACAAUGUUAAAAUAAAAUAAAAUAAAAUAAAGCCAUCUUGUAUGUAUCAUGCUUAUACCUUCGUGGACACUAUACCCUGUAUCAAUGAAAUGGGAAUUUGUCCUAGAUUUAUUUUGUACUUAAUCAUAGUAUAAUAAAAACAAUUUUCAAAUAUAGAACACGAAAUCUAACAAAAAAUCAUAUAUACCUGACAUCGACGAUUCCAAAAAUGUAUACGUAAAGUCAUUUUACGCCAGAAAGCUAAACCUUACGUGAAAUAUUUAGUAAAGAAGGUAAACAAUAUAUGACAUGAAUGUCAAUCUUUUAACUGAUGUCUCUUAAUGCUAAAAAAUGUUUAUUUAUGAAAGCGUGUAAAAUAAGCUAUUGAUAUCCAUAAAAAUUGGAUGAGUUUUAAUUAUCUCUUUACCAUUGAAUUAUCCAUUAGCUUUUAGCAAUUAUCCAUUGAAUUAUCCAUCUCUAUCCCAAAAAAAGCAUGCUAAUAACUAAUCAAACUUAUAAAACUUUCUUAAAUUACAUUUAAAAAUAUUGAUAUUACAAAAUGUUUACGAAUAUAAUUAAAUAAAAUAAUUUAUUCAGAAAAUAACCAUAAGAACAAAAAAUUUAUUAAUGACAUUAUUAUAUGUACUUUAUUUACUUAUAUUACACGCUAUACCGAAUGACUGUAUGCAAAUAUGUUAUAUUCAAUAUUGGUUCGCACUAUAUUUAACACAACAAAAUGUACCUUAUUAAUAAAGAUUUACAAAUUUACAUUUGAGUUUUGUAAAAAAAUUGCUUUAUAAAUAAUAAUUAGACGGCUUACUUUGAUGGCACCAUAUUAAAAAGUGGGAUUCUUCGAUUCAUAUUUGCUAUGAGAAAUAUUAAUUACAAUUUUAAAAGUCUACAGUGCUAUACAUAAAA